GUGGCAGGAGACAACGUCAUAACAGAUAUAUAGUAAUAGAAAUAAUUUUACCGCGAAUAUAGUGAAAGUACGAGUUCGAAGGAAGAAACAUAUUUCAGGAGUAGACAUAGCCGAGGCACAAGAGCAGAAGGUCCUCUCAUACUCACACAUCACACUUAUGAGUCUUCUUCACGGGGAUCUGGAGUUGGAGGUCGUGGGGGCAUCCAACCUCUCCGACGCCGACAGGGCCCUGUUCAACGCGGUCAGUGGAGACACCACGGACUGCUAUGUGGAGGUGAAGCUGGCCGGACAGAGCAUCCUUAGGACCAGCGUUCGAAACAAUGUGAUCAAGACACAAUGGGGAGAACACGUGUCCCUUCCGGUGUGCCACGUCGCUGACUCCCUCGACAUCAUUGUGUGGGACCAAGAUUACUUGUGGUCAGACGUCGUGGGGCGCGGGAAGCUGCGGCUGGGCGACCCCUCCAGGGCAUGGACCAAGGACGGCCCGGUGUUCCUCGAGGGCGGGAAGGGAAGGAUCCACAUGAGGGUGAAGUUUACCCCGGCGGCGCACGCGGAGGAGCAGGGAAUGGAAGUGCCCGGAACUUACUUUCCAAUGAGGAAGGGUGGCUCCCUGGCGCUAUACCAGGAUGCCCAUGCCACGCCCCUGCCUGGAUUGACGGCGGAGGCAGAGGGCGCCUUCCAAGCCAUCGCCAAGACCAUCCGGCGAGCCAAGAAGUUCAUUUACAUCACCGGCUGGAGCGUCUGGACUGGCAUGAAGCUGGAGCGAGACAGGGAGGAGACUCUAGGGGAGCUCCUGAAGAGGAGAGCGGCCGAGGGCGUCCGGGUCCUCCUGCUGAUCUGGAACGAGAAGUUCUCGAGCGUCCUGUGCGCAGGGCUGGUAGGCACGCACGACCAGGCCACUGAGAGCUACUUCGAGGGCUCCGGCGUCCGCGUGGCGAUGGUGCGGCGACAGAAGAGCUCCGUGCACGCGGUGAGGGAGGAGCUCGUGGAGGCGCUGUGGACACACCACCAGAAGGUGGUGGUGGCGGACGAGGAUGACGGCCUCGUGGCGUACCUGGGCGGCCUGGACCUGACCAACGGCCGCUGGGACACGCCGGAGCACCCGCUGUUCUCCACGCUCGACGCGGAGCACAAAGGGGACUUCCACAAUGGCUUCGUCGACGUCUCCGCCCAGGAGGGCCCCCGCGAGCCCUGGCACGACGUCCACGCCCGCGUCACGGGUCCCGCCGCCUUUGACCUCCUUAAGAGCUUCGAGGAGCGAUGGAAGAGGCAGGUCCCAACCAAGGCCCACCUCCUGCUGCCAGCGCUACGACCAGCAGUCGCGCCGGUGACCGAGGAUGACCAAGAGGGCACUUGGCAGAUGCAGGUGGUGAGGUCCAUCGACGCCAAUUCGACCACCUUUAGCAGUGGGCGUGCGGGCGUGCUGGACUCGUAUGAUGGGCGUACAGUGGACACGAGCCUUCACAGGGCCAUCGUGAGGCUCAUCCGAAGAGCAGAGAACUUCCUCUACAUCGAGAGCCAGUACUUCAUCGGGUCUUCACAAGCCUGGGAAAAGGACAAUGACGUGAACGCCUUGAACUUGGUUCCGCUGGAGAUUGUUCAGCGUGUGGUGAGCAAGAUCAGGGAGGGGAAGGGCUUCAGGGUAUACCUCGUGCUGCCGAUGCUCCCCGAAGGAAACCCCGAGAAUAGGAUUCUCAAUGGAAGCAUGAACGCGAUCCUUCGGUGGCAGUUCCGGACGCUCCAGAUGAUGUACAAGCGGAUUGCAGAGGCUCUCGACGCCGUCGGCUCCAAGGCUCACCCGACGGACUACCUGGUCCCCCUCUGCCUCGCCAAGCAAGAGCCGCGCGCAGCGGCGUCCGCGGACGAGGCGGCCGCCGAACGGGGCGGCGCCGGGCGGCAGUGGCAGGAGCGGCGUAGCUUCCUGAUCUACGUGCACUCCAAGAUGGCGCUGGCCGACGACGCCCACGUGCUGGUGGGCUCGGCGAACGUGAACGAGCGCUCGCUGGACGGCCGGAGGGACACCGAGGUGGCCGUGGCGGCGUGCCAGACGAGGCGGGACGGGCGCGGUGGCGAGGUCGCAGUCCAGGACGGCGCGGUCAGGGCGUUCCGAAGGGCGCUGUGGGCCGAGCACACAUGGGGACUGUCGGAGGAGGAGGAGGCCCUCGGCGACCCGGGCUCCCUUCGCGCCGUCAGGAGGAUCAGGCAGCUGGCCGACGCCGCCCUCCUGAGCUUCGCCAAGGGGGACCCCGAGGGGCAUCGCAGUCGCUUCCUCAGUUACCCCCUGGCCGUAGCGCGGGACGGCGCCGUGGGGCCGCGGCCGGACAUGCCGCUCGUCCCCGGCUUCCCUCUCUCGGCCGCGGGAGGCGAGACGUACAUCCCGUCGAUCGCCACGUCGUAGCGUCCCUCCGGCGGCGCCUUCGCCCGGCCUCCGUCUUCUCCUCUCGGGAUCCUCCUGACCGCUCACGUCUCGGCUUACUUUAGGGAGUCCUGCGGCAUUCCCUUUUCUAAGCAGCAGCUCGUCGUCCGCCGUAACUCCUGUUGCGAGAAGCCAACGAUCAGGAAUAUAGAAAAUCUGUUAAUUGUAUAUGUUCUAUCUUAAUUUAUAUCUUAAUUUAUAUCUAUUUAUUGCCGAUUGACUGUAUUUACGUCUUUGUAAUCUUAUUACCCUUUGUGCGUGUGGUUUGUGUGUGUGUGCGUAUAUAUUGUGAUAUCUUAUUUAUUUUCACAUGAACGUAUUCAUGAAGGUCAGAAUAAAAUACCCC